UUAAGGUGGUUCAGAUAUCAGCGCUCUGCGCGCAACACGACGCACAGGAUUAUUCUGAGAGGGGAUUUGUUAUACACUCUUUUCCUGCGACAUAUUAUUGAUUUGAUUCGCUGUCAAAGGUAUUUUCUCCAACAGGAAUAAGCUGUAAGAGAAAUGAAAGCGUGGCGGGUUCGGUUUCUGUACUUUCUGGUGUUGAAUGCAGCUGUGCAGUAUGUGACGUCCCUGGAAGAGGAGCUCGCCGAUUCUAUUUUUGGUAACUUCCUCGAACCUCUGAGUGACUUGUUUGACCACAAAGAUGAUGGCAAUCAAACUGUUGCCAAAUUCUCCCUCCGCAAGCCAUCCCAUCCUGAUGAUGACCUGUGUUACAUCAUUCCUGGAAAACCUGACUCCCUGGCAGCCUGCACCUUCAACAGCACCUCCAAAACCUUCCUAGUAAUCCACGGAUGGACGUUGAGUGGUAUGUUUGAAAGCUGGGUGGCAAAGCUGGUGUCAGCGCUGUAUGAGAGAGAACAGACGGCUAACGUGAUCGUGGUGGACUGGCUCACCUCGGCCCAGAACCACUAUGUGGUUGCAGCUCAGAACACCAAGGCAGUGGGGCACGAGAUCGCUCGCUUCAUCGACUGGAUCGAGGAAACCACCAACAUGCCUCUUGAGAACAUUCACCUGAUUGGUUACAGCCUUGGGGCUCAUGUGGCUGGAUUUGCUGGCAGCCAUGCAACCAAUAAAGUUGGAAGAAUAACUGGUCUGGACCCGGCUGGGCCUGACUUUGAGGGGGAGCACGCCCACAGACGCCUCUCACCAGACGACGCUUACUUUGUGGACGUCUUACACACCUUCACACGGGGCUCCCUGGGUCUCAGCAUUGGGAUCCAGCAGCCUGUCGGCCAUGUGGACAUUUACCCCAAUGGAGGCAGCUUCCAGCCGGGCUGCAACCUCAGGGGGGCCCUGGAGAAGAUCGCUAACUUCGGGAUAUUUGCUAUCACUGAUGCAAUCAAGUGUGAACACGAGCGCUCGGUCCACCUCUUCAUCGACUCUCUGCUGAACGAGCAGGAUGCAGCCAAGGCCUACAGGUGCGGCAGCAACGACAUGUUCAACCGCGGCAUGUGUCUCAGCUGCCGCAAAGGCCGCUGCAACACGGUGGGCUAUGACAUUAGCAAAGUCCGCAAGGCGCGCAACGUUCAGAUGUACACCAAUACCCGAGCCUCCAUGCCUUUCAGAGUUUACCACUAUCAGCUGAAGAUGCAUUUCUCCAGUAAAGUGAACCGUUCAGAGAUGGAGCCCUCCAUCACUGUGUCGCUGUACGGAACAAAAGGAGAGGCUGAAAAUCUGGAGCUUAAACUGAAGGAAAAAAUAGCCACAAAUAGGACACAUUCGUUCCUGCUGGUGACAGAGGAGGAUAUCGGUGACCUGAUGAUGUUGACGUUUAAAUGGGAGGAGACAAACGGCUGGUCGGCCUCCAACAUGUUGAAGAUGGUUUCCUCUUGGUGGUCCGGUGACUCCGACAGCGCUAACAUGGAGGUUCACAAAAUCCGCAUCCGAGCUGGCGAGACCCAGCAAAAGAUGGUGUUCUGUGUAAAAGACCCUGAAACUCACAGCUUAAAACAGGAGGUCACAUUUGUUAAAUGUAAGGAUGCAUGGAGGACAGACCGGAAACAAACUGAAAAAAGAGUGACUCUGGAGAACCACUGACUCAGAAGAAAAGACCCAACUGUUGAAAGCCCUCCGGUCCAUUUCAGCACUUAGUAAAUAAUUUAUACAUCUGUAACUUAUUUUAUUUCUCAAAUUAUACAAAACCCUCACCGCUUUGUACAUAUCCACAGAAGUUUGUUUCUUAUUUAAAACAAUGUGUAUGUAAAUUACUGUGUAAUAUUUUGUAGAAAAAAAAAGAAAAAAAAAGAAAAGUUUUUAUGACACAUAACUGUAACAUCAUUUGUACGAAAAGUAAAUGCCUUUGUCUUUGGUAGAGAUGGAUACUAUUCAGUCACAUGCACAUUUCAUAUUUAUAGCACUGUGAAGAAUGAUGUCCUGCAGACUGUUGCCUUCUUAAGGUGUUUUAUGCAAUAGGGUACAAUUGUAUUACCUUCAUAUAUUAUCAGACUAAUGCAUAACCUAACAGAGCAUUCACCACUGUGGCUCUCAGCACUAUACGUGACUGUGGGACCUGGAUCAGUGUGCCUUACGUUGAACGGUCGCUAUAAGUAAGCUGUUGCAAAAUGAAAUUGUCUUAACGUAGCGCUUUGUUGCUGUAUUUUUCACCCGAGUUUUUCCUUUCAUUUUUCUGUGAACCUUUUUGACCUUUACUGAACCACCUAAACAUUCAAAAGAUGGUGUUUCGAUCACUUUCACAACAUUUUUACUCGUGCUCAUGUUACUAUGAAGCUGUUACCUCAAAGAAAUGCCUGACAUUUUGUCGACCAUUUUUCUUCUAAACUUUAUGAGGUAUGUUGUGAUCCGUGUGAGGUAGAAGGCGGAGUUAAUGUCAGUGAUGCCACUUUGUUGUCUUUGUUUCCUUCUCAAAAGUUCAUAAAAACAUUUCCAGUCCUAUGAGCAUCACCUAAACCUCGGCUCUUUAGAGAUCGGUACUGUAAUCAUUGUGACUUCAUUUCCACCUACUUUAUAAAAGAGGAAAUGUUUCACCUUUGCACUGAAAACAGGGGACGACAUUGCCAAACAAAGGUACUUGUACAGUAGAUUUAAUGUAAAUACCAUAAUACUGAUGAUAGGUUUUGUAGUACGGAACACUGUUAGUUAUAUAUUUUUACCUCUGGAUGAACUUAAUCUGUAAAAUAUGGAUUCCUAUAAUCUUUUGUACGUAUUUGUAAAUAUUCACUGUGCUGUAUAAAUUCUUUAAUAAACCAAAACUGCCAUCUGA